UCCGUUAACGGCGCUGUAAACCCCCCCAAUCAUGUGCUCCACUGUGAGUUUUAAUUAGCGGCGGCGGCGGCGGCGGCUCCACUCGCUGGGAAAACCAAAAGGCAGGCAGGGCGGGCGUCUCAUUUUCGGCCUCUUCUUUCCGUCCUCUGCUCAUAUGCUUCUUGCCGCUUGAUCGCCCGAUCCUCCGCCUUUCCAGUCUCGCGACGGCUAAGCAUGUCUGCAGUUUUUCUUUUUUGAUUCAAGGGAUGCAUGUGUUCAGUUCCAAGCACGCCCUUUUCCUGUUUUAUGAUUAUUAUGAUUAUGGUGAGGAGCCAUCAGCGCGCGCGUGAGUUAUUAGUAUUACGGCUUUAGGCCCCCGAAAUCCUCUUCGGUUUUUUAUUGUGGUCUGCGGAGGCCAUGGGAUAGCAAAAUUAGAGAAUUCAAACAGAAGCUCUGCCUCUAUAUAUACGCGCGCUAACCGCGGCUCCGUGCGAGUGCUUCCACGACCCGCUUCCUCCUCUCCUCUCCUCUCCUCUCCUCUCCUCUCCUCCUCAUCCAUCCUCGACAUGACGACGACAGAUCGAGUGAAGCUUGCUGUAGAUGAGUAGUGAAGCCGUAGGGAUUCGGUUACAAUCGAGCUUGAGCGCCAUGGAAGGUGCGGAGGGGAAGCCAGAGAUAACGAUUCGGGUCUACAACCCGUCGACGGACCGCGCCGGCACGGAGACCGUCGAUCGCGAGUGCGAGGUCGGCCAGCCUGGCGGCAUGUCGCUCCACGCCGACCUGCUCGGCGAUCCCGUCGCCCGCAUUCGCCACUCGCCGGCGCACCUCAUGCUGGUAGCUGAGACGUCUGCCCCGCCCCGCCGGAUCGUCGGCGUCAUCCGCGGCACAGUCAAGUCCGUCGCCACGGGAAAGAGCUGCCCCGGCGCGCCCGCCUUCGCCAGCGUCGGCUACAUUCUCGGCCUCCGCGUCUCACCUUCACACAGGAGGAUGGGCGUGGCGCUGCGGCUGGUAGGGCAUCUGGAGCGGUGGUUCACGCUGAUGGGCGCCGAGUAUGCGUACAUGGCCACGGAUAAGUCCAACGAGGCGUCUGUGCAGCUCUUCACCGGACGGUGCGGCUACUCGAAGUUCCGCACGCCGUCGCUCCUCGUGCACCCCGUGCACGCGCACCGCCUCCGGGCCCCGCGCCGCGCGUCCGUUCUUCUGUCCCUGGACGCGCGCGACGCCGAGCAGCUGUACCGCCGCCGGUUCGGCCACGUCGAGCUCUUCCCGGCCGACAUCGGCGCCGUCCUCGGCAACAGGCUCUCCCUCGGCACGUUCCUGGCCGUCGUCGUCCGCGACGACGACGGGUACGAGUGGCGCGGGAUGGAGCAUUUCCUGGCCUCGCCGCCCGCGUCGUGGGCCGUGGCGAGCCUUUGGGACUGCGGCGGCGUGUUCCGGCUGGAGAUGCGCGGGGCCUCGCGCCUCCGGCGAGCAGCCGCCGCGGCGAGCCGGGCGCUGGACCGCGCGGCCAAGUGGAUGCGCGUGCCGUCCGUCCCCAACUUCUUCCGGCCGUUCGCCGGCUGGUUCGCGUACGGCCUCGGCGGCGAGGGCGACGACGCCCCUCUGGCCGCGAAGGCGCUGUACGUGUCGUUCGUGAACAGGGCGCGCGGCAGGGCGGCGGCCGUGGCCGUGGAGGUGGCCGCGCUGGACCCGCUCCGGCGGCGGCUGCCGCACUGGCGCAGCCUGUCGUGCGCUGAGGACCUGUGGUGCAUGAAGCGGCUGGGAGGCGGCGACGGCGACGCGGACGGCUGGGAUUGGGCCAAGUCGGCGCCUGGGCAGUCCAUCUUCGUGGACCCCAGGGAGGUGUGAUUCACUCGGCAGCGACCGUCCGUAACCACAACAGCUAGAGCUAGCUAAGCAGUAGGGGUUUAGAUAGCAAGGAAGGUUUUUGGCAACUCGUUUUCCAUGGUUAGUUCGGGAUUUUGUAGGAGAUUAGUUCGUUUUUUGUUUUUGCUGGUAGAAAAGAAAAAGAAAGUCGUGGGCGGCUGUGAGCCGAUCGAUCGAUCCACCACCCAUCGAAUCGACGGGACAGAAAGGAGAGAUGCGACGCGGAUGGCGAGAGCCGGCCAUCUCAGAUACCGAAAACUCUGAGAUGCAGUUACUACCAGAUGUCUAGAUGCUACUCACUCACCCUGGA